UCACAUAUCACCAAACCCCCUCGAUUCUCUUUAUCUAUCAAUUCGCUCGCACUGGCCCCCUCCGCUCUGCUCAAUUCGCUCGCACGAGUCUCCGAUUCGAUCUCCCCCGCGCCGUCUCGAUGGAAACGAUGUCCCCCGCGGCGGCGGCGGUGCCUACGACGCCGCAGUUCAGGCUGGGGAAGCAGUCGUCGCUGGCGCCCGUCCACGGCGAGGGCGGUGCGGGCGCCGCGGAGGUGUCGGCCGAGGCGAACGGCGUCAUGAGCUUCCAGCUGAUGUACCUGGUCCACGGGGGCAACGCGGAGGGGAUCCGCGACCUCCUCGACGCCGGCGCCGACCCCAACUUCCGCGACUCCGACGGCCGCACGGCGUUGCACAUAGCCGCAUGCGAGGGCCACACCGAGAUCGCCGAGCUGCUCCUCCAGCGCGGCGCGGAGGCCGCCGCCGAGGACCAGUGGGGCAGCACGCCUUUGGCGGAUGCGAUGCAUUACCACAAUCAUGAUGUGAUCAAGAUCUUGGAGAAGCAUGGCUCCAAGCUCAGGAUUGCUCCAAUGCAUGUGAACAACGACCGUGAACUUCCUGAAUAUGAGAUUGACCCGAAAGAGCUUGAUUUCACUAAUGGCAAUGAUAUAUCUAAGGGUACAUAUCGGAAAGCAACAUGGAGGGGCAUUCCUGUUGCUGUUAAGAAGCUGGAUGAUGAUCUAAUUAUGGACGAGAACAAAGUGCAAGCAUUCAGGGACGAACUUGACGUGCUGCAACUUAUACGGCAUCCAAAUGUCGUGCAAUUUUUGGGUGCUGUAACACAAAGCAGCCCAAUGAUGAUUGUCAUGGAAUUUAUGCGCAAGGGUGAUUUGCGGACUCACUUGAAUAAGAAAGGAGCGCUGGCCCCAUCAUAUGCGGUGAAGUUAGCUCUUGAUAUUGCAAGAGGAAUGAGUUACUUACAUGAGCAUAAACCUCAAGCCAUCAUCCACCGUGACCUUGAGCCUUCAAACAUAUUGAGGGAUGACACUGGACAUCUGAAGGUGGCAGAUUUUGAUUUGUGUAAGAUGCUAAAAUGGAGAAGAAAAAUUAGAGAAGAGAGAGCGGUAACUUCUCCAGGCAAUGCUUGUAGGUAUGUAGCUCCAGAAGUCCUGCGAAAUGAAGAGUAUGAUACCAAAGUGGAUAUCUUCUCUUUCGCUUUGAUAGUUCAGGAGAUGAUUGAAGGAUGUCUUCCUUAUCAUGAUAAGAAAAAUGGUGAAAUUGAGAAGGCACACAAUUCUAAAGAAAGACCGCAUUUUAGAGCUCAUCCAAAGCAUUAUGCUCAUGGGUUAAGAGGGUUGAUUGAGGAAUGCUGGAGUGAAAAUCCUGCAGACAGGCCUGAUUUUAGUGAAAUCAUCGAUCGGUUGUCUGCUAUCCAAAAUGAAAUAGCUCAAAGGAACCGGUGGAAGGUGAGACCUCUUAGAUGUUUCCUGAGCUUCGAGGGAAUGUGGAAGAAAGAUCGCAAUGAAGGCAGCACCACCCGUUCAUCACGUUUGUCACGAUCCAACUUUUAAGCACCUAUCCGAGCUGUUGAUUUCGUUUGGAGGAUCAUAUUCAUGAUUGCUAGAAAAUCAACUUGUAUAUCGUAUCUUUGUGUUCUAAACUUCUGAAAAGGAAUGGUUUUGCGGCUGGUUGAUUUUCUUCUGGUGGUCAUAGCUAUUGUACAUCUGACAUUUACUGUUGAGCCCCGGUAAAAUCAAAGGAUUUUUUUGGCAA